UUUUAUGGGAUGUGUCACUGACUCAUCAAAAGCCUUUGGACUUUACACUUUUCUGAGCACAUCCACCAAACACUACACUGCCUUAUUUACCGUCGUUGUUUGGCUUCCAGGACACUCCUUCACUAGUCACGACACGCUUGCUUUUUCUUUAUAACUUUAAUCAUCAACAUUCUUUGCACAGGGAGCGGUGAGUAAGGCAGAGUCCAAAAAACCCCAGAGAUCCCGACAGUCAUCUGAGAAACACUGAAAGAGGACCAAUGAUGAAGCUUACAAGGCUGCUCACUGCCUGCAUUCUCGCUGAGUUGUCACUUUCACUCCAAGCGUUGGUGAUGGUCAACAACGUUACAGCCGAGUGCGGCGAGCAGGUUGCACUGAACUGCAACGUGUCACGGAGGGACGGGCUGUCAGUCAAGCACAUGGAGUGGUCCCAAAACGGCAAGAUUUUGUGUCGACUGGACGGCAAGGGGAAUUUGAGCUACCACCGAAACAUACGAAGCGACUUCCGAUGCGAGUACGAUGAAGGCCAGCUGUUGCUCAUCUUUGCAAAAGUGCAGCCGCAGGAUAGCGCCGCCACAAACCGCUACAUGUGCAAACUGCACUCCAACAUGGGGAUUUCACACGGCUACAGCUGGAUAGAGCUGCAAGAGUGCUGCGGGGCGGUCAAAGGUGUUCUGUCCGAGGACGGUCCGGUAUGCACAUUCAACGACGUCUACCCGGAUGCGGAUGUGUUCUGGUCUUCCCACAGUGAGCCCCCAACGCCCGGGAAGCAGAACAUUUUCAAAAGUACGGAGGAAGGCGGCUGGUUGAGCAUCCGCAGCCAGCUGGAAUGGACUCCGAACGGGACCUUCAACUGUUCCCUGAGGAGCAUCACAUCUGGAAGAGACAUUGCAUGCAAUUUGUCAGAGAAUACCGAUUUCCUAGGCGGGUAUGAGCGUAGAUCGCAAGGUAGAGUCGGCAAUGGAGCGGGAUCCCUUGAACCUUUAUGGACAGUUGUGCUUGUUUCAACCAUACUACAUACUAGAAAUUAUGGAUUUUCCUAAAUAAUUCCAUUUGUGGGAGGACAUUCGAGCAAAGCUAUUGGCUUUGUUACAAUGAGGUACUGGGAUGUUGGCCAUAAAGAGCCAAGGAGCCUUGCUUGCAGUCAAAUGAAUCAACGUUCAUGCUCCAGAGCUUUCUAAUUGUGCUUCUACUUCCUGCCGGAGCCCAGCGAGGAAAUAACGGACUGUGGAGGAGCGAUAACAAGGCAGCAGAGAUUCCUCAGCAUGCCCUGGAAGGACAUCUUUAAUUUUCUCCUCAAAUAUAUUGGAGCUGAGCAUGGUUUUGUUUCAACAACAAUAAUCCUUCAAGUGACAUGAGGAGUAUCUUCUCUAUCUUCUAACAAGAAGUUGAAAAUAUACAUUAGCUAAUAUUGCAAUGGGUUUUUUGUCACUUGAGGUUUUUUUUUCCACUAUAUGAGUGAAAUAUCAAAAGACUGGCAACAAAAAUAUGCCAGUAGUUUGUGGAAAUAUGCUGCCCUCUAGUGCAAUAUUUGGAUACUGCAGCCAUGCAAAUAUAUAUGACUGUGGAGCAAGCUGAUUUCCAUUAUGUUAAAAGCGAAUUGAUUUUGUAGUACUUGCAGUGGGAAGGUAAACAAUCUGGCAGUCUAAAAAUACCAAAAAUAUCGAUAACAUUUGUUUUUAGGGAAUAGACAGAAGUCCUAAUCAUAUUCUAUUCUCACUAAGCCACACCUUGUCUUAUGUCACUUUGUCUAUAUGUUUGAUUACCAAGGUAUGUCAAUAUGCAAUAAUUGAUCAUUCUGUAUU